AUGUCCAUACCGCGCGCAAUCCGCAAGGUCUUCCUAGCGGUCGAACAGGCCGAAGGAGCUGGUGCUAGGGUCAGGAGAAGUGUAGGAACGCCGCAAUUGCGGAACUUCUCGCCCUUUCUGAUGCUAGACCAUUUCAGCAUUAAGCCCGGCGCCGGCUUCCCGGACCACCCUCAUCGCGGACAGGAAACCAUCACGUAUCUGCUAGCGGGCGCCGUUGACCACGAAGACUUUGCCGGUCACGCUGGCACCAUCGAGGCUGGUGACCUUCAAUUCAUGACCGCCGGUCGUGGCAUUAUGCACGCCGAGAUGCCGCGCCAGAACCCGGACGGCAGCGCGAACGUCGGCCUGCAAUUAUGGGUCGACCUGCCUGCCCACCUCAAAUCCUGCGAGCCCCGAUACCGCGACUUGAGAAAGGACGAGAUCCCGAGCGUCGAAUUGGACGACGGGAAGAUCCGCAUCAAGGUCAUCUCGGGACAAGCUGGUGGUGUCGAAAGCCUCAAGGAAUUGGCGUAUACCCCGGUCUGGCUGCUCGACGUGGAGAUGAAGCCGGGUAGCAAGUUGGCGCAGCCCCUCCCGAAGGGUUGGAAUGCCUUCUCCUACCAGCUAGAGGGAUCUGCCGUGUUCGGCACCGGCGACAAGAAGCAGACGGUGGCGCAGUACCACAACUGCGUGUUCGAGCCCGACGGCGACAUGGUAGUAGUCGAGGUUCCCGAGACCGCGAAGGAGAACGCGCGCUUCGUCCUGGUCGCCGGCCAGAUCCUAAACCAGAAGGUCGUUCAGUACGGCCCGUUCGUGGCCAAUUCCCCCGAAGAUGUGCGGCAGGCGUUGAUAGAUUACCAAUUCCACAUGAACGGCUUCGAGCGGGCCAAGGACUGGCAGAGCGAGAUCGGAAAGGCAAUGGUUGAUUGA